AAUAGAAGCUUCAAUGGCAAAGCUGGGAGGGCUAACCUUCACUUCUAUAGGAUAGUUCCUGCCUUCUGUGAAGAAGCCUUGAGACAGUAAAGAUAACCCACAGACACGUUAAUGAGCAGCAAGUGACCGGUACCAACAAGAGACCUAUCGCCAGGUGUGGGGUAAACUGGUUGACUUAUUGGACCCACCACUAGACGCCAACACUGAAGACAUCAGUGUUCCUCAAACAGAUUAGUAAUUGUCCAAUUGAAAGCUCUAUAAAGAUUGACUUGAAAUAACGAGAAGUGAGGAGUAAAUUUCAUACAUGACAGAAUGACUGAACCAGCAGAAGAUAGACCACUAAAAAGGACGAUACCACCUGAUUUACAGAGAGGGGUAGAAGAUAGACCACUAAAACGGACAAUGCCAGCUGAUUUACAGAGAGGGGUAGAAGAUAGACCACUAAAACGGACAAUACCACCUGAUUUACAGACACAAGUAGAAGACAUACAGAUAAAAGUACCAAGAACUACAGGCCCACCAGAUGAUUUAGAUGACAGAAGAAAAAGAUGGUUAAUAGUGGGUAUAUGUCUUCAUACAAUCAUAUCUCCAAUACUGAGGACAUAUGUUGUGAAUGUUGUCACAAAGCUUUUUUAUUCAUUAACAAGUCAGAACAAAAUUCAUAAACAAACAUAUGGAAGUUUUCUGAAAAGAUACUCACCUACCAAUACAGAACUAAAUUAUGAAGCAAUUAAUAACAACAAAACUUUGUAUGGACGGAAUAGAGCAAGAUAUGAUUACCGAGUCAAAACUCCUGUGGAUUUAUCCAGGUUGUUCCUUCAGACACACAUGGCACAUUUCACAGCAUUUGAUGAUUCGUGUGACUCAUCAGCUCUACUUGGUAUCAUUGUUAGCAUUGAUAGAUUCCCACCAGUUGUACGGGCUGAUGCUAGACAGAUACGAUCAGACAUACGUAAUCCCUGGGCACAUUGUGACUUUACAGAAUGGACUGCUACAAAAUAUACAGAUUCCUUCCAGAUGAUGGGACAACUUAUUAGCAACCUCAGGCUGAGUAACAGAGAGGAAAACAGAAUCUUAGGAGAACUUAACAGAUGGGCAAUGAAUGGUCAACAUUGUGGAACAGCACUUGGUUUAGACAUAGUGGGGGACAUUCGUCAACAUACACACAUUCUUAGUGAAUAUGUACAGACUUUAUGUACAGAAUCAGACAGUCAGUUUAUCAAAGUGCAAAAAGAAUUAUCAAGAAUAGAAAACGAUUUACAGGGAAGAAUAAAGAAUUUAGAAAGUAAAUCUAUGAAGCAUGAUGAAACAUUAAAUACCUUGAAAGAAGAAAGAAAAAAGCAAGUUGAAGAUCAUAUUCCCCAUCACAUUCGAGCUCACCAUGGACAAGAAAUAGGAGAAUGGGAGCAAGAUCAAACUACCUUUUUUGAAACCAGAGCAACACGUCACAUACUGGAGUCUCUAUCCUUACAUAACUGUAUUGUUGUGACAGGAAGCUCGGGCUGCGGAAAAUCUUCAAACAUACAUCAAGCUGCCUUACACUUACGUGACAGUUUGGAAUAUGAGAUAAUACCAGUGUUAACAGGACCAACAGACAUUAUGAAUUAUUAUAAUGAAAAUAAAAAACAAGUGUUUAUUGUUGAUGACAUCUGUGGAAAGGAAACAAUUAACAUGCAGACAUUACAGACGUGGAGAGAUUAUUCAGAAAAAAUGGAGAAAAUAUUUAAAGUUGCAGAAAAAGAUGUUGUAGGUAAAAAUGAUGAAACAGUUUUAAAGGUAUCAAGUUCAAAAUUACUGCUGUCUUGUAGACUGCAUAUAUAUAAAGAAGCACAAUUUCAACAUAUUUCAUUAUUCACAAAAAAAGAGUGCAAUUUAUUAUCACCCGAGUUGUGUCUGCUGGAAGUUGAAAGAAUGCAUAUGCUGCAUAAGUAUUUUCCGGAUGACAUCAUUGACAAUAUAAAACAAGUCACAGAGAAUGUUGAUUACUUUCCCUUACUUUGUAAAUUGUCAAAAAACAAAACAUCUGAGGAAGUGAAGAAACUGUUUACAGCUCCUUUAUUCAGUAUUAAACAGAACAUGAACAACAUUAUAAAUGAAAACAAAGAACAAUUCUGUGCUCUUGUUCUGUGUAUUGUUUUUAAUGAUGGAUUCGAUACAGAUUGGCUCAAAUUAGGAUCAGUUUCAGAAAGGAAGAACAUGGAAACGGACAAACUUGAGAACAUUGUUAAAGAAUUUGACAUAGACUUAAGCAAACAGAAGCAUAGAAAUUCUUUAAAAGCUGGCUUUUCAACAUUAAAUGGCACCUACUUAAAACUGAGAGGAACAGAGUAUAGAAUGAUACAUGACAAAAUAUAUCAAAUGGCAGCUGUAAUCUGUGGACAACACCUUACAGAAUGUUUUAUCAAAUAUGCUCCAACUGUAUUUAUUCGGGAUAAUUUCAUUUUUGAAUCUGUAACGAAAGUCCAUGGAAAUGAUGAUUUAAUUGUAUUAUCGAAAGAUGAAGAAGAAUAUUAUUUUGAACGACUGUUAUGUGACUUAACAAAGCAUGUCCUUAUAAGUACAUUCGAUAACUACCAGUUAAUUCAUCAGACAUUUAGAGAUAAAUUAAUAAGCUUUUUAAGAAUGAAUGAGGAUGCAAAAAUAGUACUAGAGAAGCUUGAUACACAAGGUUGCAAAACAAUCCAAGAUGGUAAUCUAGAAUAUCUGUUUAAAAGAAACUAUUAUACAACUCCUUUAAUAGAAUCAGCAACAAUGGGAUACUUUGAUAUCGUUGAAUUUCUGAUUGUUGAUGUUAAAUGUGAUGUGAAUAAAACAGACGAACAAGGCAAUUCUCCAUUACAUAAGGCAUCUAAAAGAGGACAUACAGCUGUAGUUAAACUAUUAUUAGAGAACAAUGCUGAUGUAUCUCAAUGUAACAUAUAUAAAGAGUCUCCAUUGUAUGUGGCCUGUGAAGAAGGGUAUAAAGAUACUGUAGAACUGUUACUGCGGAAGAAUGCUGAUGUUAAUCAGUGUAAUAUUUAUGGUCAGUCUCCAUUGUAUGAAGCCUGUGAAGGAGGAUAUAAACAUACAGUAGAACUGUUACUUCAGAACAAUUCUGAUGUCAAUCAGUGUAAUAUUGAUGGUCAGUCUCUAUUGUAUGUGGCCUGUAAAGAAGGACAUAAACAUACAGUAGAACUGUUACUUCAGAACAAUGCUGAUGUCAAUCAUUGUAAUGUGGAUGGACAAUCUCCAUUGUAUGUGGCCUGUAAAGAAGGACAUAAACAUACAGUAGAACUGUUACUUCAGAACAAUGCUGAUGUCAAUCAGUGUAAUGAGGAUGGACAAUCUCCAUUGUUCGUGGCCUGUGAAGACAAUCAUAAAGAUAUAGUAGAACUGUUACUGCAGAAAAAGGCAGAUGUCUCGCAGUGUAAUACAAAUGGAGAUUCUCCUUUACAUGCGGUUUGCAAUUUUGAUUUAUAUUUCAAUAUUUUAUUUAUGACACAAUAUUUUAUGACACAAUAUUUUAAGAGAAUCUUUGAAACUGUUAAAGCGUUACUUGCACGGAAAGCAGAUGUCACAUUGCAUAAUAAGAAUGGUCAGACACCACUUGAUAUUGCCCAUGCAUCACAAUGUGAGGAACUUGUAAAUAUUUUUGAGGAACAUCUUCAACUAAAAGAAUCACAAUUAAAGUAA